GGGGGAGACCUUGGACAAGACAGCUCUGAGGAGAAUCACAGUGGAACUCACGGCCCAUCCGUCAUAUCAGAUGCACCCUUUUUAUCGGAUUAUCAGGAUGAGGGAAUGGAAGACAUCGUAAGGGGAGCUCAAGAGCUUGAUAACAUCAUCAAGCAAGGAUACCUGGAGAAGAAAAGCAAAGAUCAUAGUUUCUUUGGAUCAGAGUGGCAGAAGCGAUGGUGUGUUGUCAGCAGAGGCCUCUUCUACUACUAUGCUAAUGAGAAAAGCAAGCAGCCCAAAGGGACCUUCCUCAUUAAGGGCUACAGUGUACGGAUGGCCCCCCACCUGCGAAGAGAUUCCAAGAAAGAAUCCUGCUUUGAACUGACCUCCCAGGAUAGGCGCAGCUACGAGUUUACAGCUACUAGUCCAGCUGAAGCCAGAGACUGGGUGGAUCAAAUAAGUUUCUUGUUAAAGGAUCUGAGCUCCUUAACCAUUCCAUAUGAAGAAGAGGAGGAGGAGGAAGAAGAAGAAGAAAUGUACGACGAUAUUGAUGGUUUCGAUGCCCCAAAUUCUGGUGCACAGUGCAGACCCAUUAUCUUGCCUGGGAGUGUAGGGAUAAAAGAGUCUACAGAGGAGAAAGAAGAAGAGGAAAUUUAUGAAAUCUUACCAGAUGAGGAGCUUGAUCUGGAAGAGGAUGACGGUGGCACUCGACGAAAAGGAGUGGACUAUGCCAAUUAUUACCAGGGCCUGUGGGAUUGCCAUGGUGACCAGCCAGAUGAACUGUCCUUCCAACGCGGUGACCUCAUCCGCAUUCUGAGCAAGGAGUAUAACAUGUAUGGCUGGUGGGUAGGAGAACUGAACAGCCUCAUUGGGAUUGUUCCAAAGGAAUAUCUCACCACUACCUUUGAAGUGGAAGAAAGAUGAAGCCCAGGUAUCAGAACCAUUGUCAAUGAACUACCCGUGAGUUGAGUGGAAUUUGUCCACCAUGACUUUGUCUCUCUGUGAAAGAUGAGUUGCCAGUGAAGUAGCUUUUCUUCAUUUCCGAAAGGGAAAAGGGGAUGCUAAUUAUUCACUAUUGAAAGAAAAUGAGACUAGAAUUGCUUUUUCUAAAUUUGGGGACUGUGUCACUUAGGACCAGGUUGAAUUAAAAGUGAUAGAAAAUCCAAAGUAACAAUGACUUAAUUAACACAGAAA